AUGAUUACUGACUUAAUUGGAAUUAUUGGUGUAGUACUAGAAAUAAUAUCCAAUAUUUAUUCAUUCUUUUUUGCUCGAAUUCUUAUAGGCCUUUGUGUAGGACUAAAUUCUUCGCUAAUUCCAUAAUAUAUUAAAGAGUUUUCACCAAGUAGAUUAUCUGGAUCAUUAGGUGCACUCAACUAAUUAACAAUUAAUAUUGGAAUUUUGAUAGGACUUAUUUCUGCUUUGUAAAUAAUUUUAUAAUUUUUUAGUUUUUAUUAAAAUGAUCCAAAUAGAAAAAAAUCUAAUGAUUAUGUUUUUAGAUUAUUCUUAGAAAUUCCUCUUAUUUUUUGUGUUAUUAGAACUUUAUUAUUGAUAUUUGUGUUUAAAAAUGAACCACCUUCUUAUUAUGUUUAAAAAAAUGAUUUGAAUAAGGUAUAAAAUUAAAUAAUUUAGGCAAAAUAAAUAGUGGAAUAUUAUUAUNAUUUUAUGAUAAGUUUGGAGAUUCAUAUUAUGAAAUAAUUGAUGAAUUGGCACUUCAAGAUAUUUGCGAUAAUAUUAAAAUAAAUAAACCAGUUAAUUAAGAUGAUUUAUUAUUACUUGAAGAAGAAUUGUUAUUCUAAUUACCAAAAUUAUGGAUAUUUUUGAACAAGACUUUCUAUCCUUAUUGUUCAAAUCAUUAAAUUUCUGAAGUAGAAUUGGAAACUUUCAAAUCUAGAGUAAUUGUUAGAGAAGGUACUUUUGUAAAUAGUUUAUAUGAUGAUAAAUUGGAUUUCAUUAUUUUAUUUAAAGAUUAGACCUUCAUUCAGAACGAAAGACUCAAAUAAUUUUUUAAUGAUAAACCUUAUAUCUAAACAACUACAUAUAGUCGAUUGAUGCAAUUGAUUGAAGAAUAACAGUAAACUAUACUACCUUCUUGA